AUGAGCGUACUGUUGGAGACCAAUGCUGGCAAUCUGGUGAUCGACCUUCUCGUGGACAGCGCGCCCACCGAGUCCAGGACAUUUAUUGCGCUCUGCCUGAGCAAAUUCUACCACUACUCGCCGUUUGUGAACGUGCGCAAAGACGUCGCCGUGGACUCUGGCAACCCGUGCUUUCCAGACCCUAUUGCUGCUCCGCAGCCAAAUAAAUACAUUGACUAUACGCCGUCAUCUCGCCUCAAUCCAGAAAAAGUGGGCCAGGUGCUAUUCGCCUCCAACGGGGACAAGUUUAGCCCCGAAUUCUCCAUCUCUCUUGGCCCUGUGACGGAUAUUCGCGGCCAUGUCUUUGGAGCCAUUGGCGAGGGUUUCACCACGUUGGAGUACAUCAGCGACUGCGUGCUCGACGAGACCGGCCGCCCACUAAAAGACAUUCGGAUUUUGCACACUUUUGUGCUGGACGACCCGUUCUCGCUGCUGUUGGAAGCACCCCCUAGUCCGUACCCUACACAGAAACAGAUCGACUCGUUCAGACUUCUUCUGGACGAGAGUGCUCUCGAAGACAUCAAGGCCGAGUCGCACGCCCUCACGCUGGAAGUGCUGGGCGACCUGCCCUCAGCGAAAAUCCAGCCCAGCGAGAAAGUGCUAUUUAUUUGCAAGCUCAACCCGGUCACCACGGAGGACGACCUGCGCCUAAUUUUUCAGCGUUUUGGAGACAUAACGUCGGUUGAGAUCAUCAGAGACAGGGCCACUGGCCACUCGCUGUGCUACGGAUUUAUUGAGUUCACCAGCAAGUCUGCUGUGGAACGGGCGUACCGUAAAAUGGAAGGUGCUAUUAUCGACGACAGAAAAGUCCACGUCGACUUUUCGCAGAGCACGAAGCGCAAACGAAAUAGAAACGAAUUCACGUGA